AUGACAUCGACAACAACUAAACCUAUUAUCGAUUCAAGUGCUAACUGGUCGACUAUAACCGAAGAAUUUGCUAAAAAAAUGGGAGUGGAAAUUAUUGGAAAUAGCCACAAAUCUCAUAAUACCAAUAGAGUGAUAUCUGGUAUUGUUAAACAAGUAUCGGCAAACCCGGAUAUUCCUCGAAGAAAUCAUACACCAUCUGAAUCAUCUAAUGAUGUGGAUGAAAUCACAAAAGGUAUGGCUGGGUUGUCAAUAAAUGACUCAUCGUCUAGUAGCAACAGUUAA